AUCUGCCUUCUAAUGUCAUAGCCCCCUCUACAGGCAAUGCACAAGAAGAAGACCCAGAGGACCAGACUCAUAGCAGCAGCAGCACCAGAGAUGAAGAGGAGCAGCUUUAUAUGCCUGCAUGGGAGCAGGAGGAGGAAGCUGAUGUGGUUCCAGGACCACAG